CCACUUACGAAUAAUUUUCCUUUGAAUUUCCAACAGAUCAUUUUUGCUUUAAAUCAGUACUGGGCAGAACAGGGCUGUGUUAUUUUGCAACCCUAUGACAUGGAAGUCGGUGCUGGUACAUUUCAUCCUGCAACAUUUUUAGCGGCGAUUGGCCCGGAACCAUCCAGUUCCGCCUAUGUACAACCGUCUCGGCGUCCCACGGAUGGAAGAUAUGGAGAAAAUCCGAAUCGCAUGCAACACUAUUUCCAGUAUCAGGUCGUGCUCAAGCCAUCACCUGCGGAUUUUCAGGAAAUCUAUAUCGGGUCGCUGGUAAAUCUGGGAAUUGAUCCACUUCACAACGACAUCCGAUUCGUCGAAGACGAUUGGGAGUCUCCGACGCUCGGUGCUUGGGGGCUGGGCUGGGAAGUUUGGCUGAAUGGCAUGGAAAUCACUCAAGUCACAUAUUUUCAGCAGGUUGGAGGACUUGAGUGCCGACCGGUAACGGGUGAAAUCACUUAUGGGCUCGAGAGAAUUGCAAUGUAUGUUCAAGGCGUCGACAGUGUCUACGACCUGAGGUGGAACGACUCGCUAAGCUAUGGAGAUAUCUAUCUGCAGAAUGAACAGGAACAGUCGGCCUACAAUUUUGAAAAAGCUGAUACGGAUGUGCUCUUAAAUCAGUUUGUAAAUUUCGAAAACCAAUGCAACGAGCUUGUGGCACUCCGUUUGUCACUGCCCGCUUAUGAGCAAGUGCUUCGAGCUUCGCAUACAUUUAAUCUUUUGGAUGCUCGACGCGUCAUCGGCGUAACCGAGCGAGCUCGCUACAUCGGCAGAGUUCGCAACCUUGCGCGAAAGGUCGCUGAGACCUAUUACGCAAGCCGGGAAGCCAAAGAUUUUCCACGUCUAUUACGCCGUGAAGAAUCUGCCGUUACAGGGCUGCGUUCAGAGGAAGUGCCUGCGUCCGAUGUCUGGCCUGAAGCUCCGGCAACCCUGCUGUUGGAGAUAGGUACCGAGGAGUUGCCGCCGGAUGCAGUGAAUCGUCUGAGUGCCGAGCUUGAACAAAAUCUCAAGCAGGAGCUGUUGGUAGCCGGACUGAUUGAUUCGCUUGAGACAGAUUCAAAGUGGUAUGCCACACCGCGACGAAUUUCGGUUUCGGUUGAAAAGGUUAAACCACGUCGAGAAGAUGCUGAGGUUAUGAAGCGCGGGCCGCCGCUGCAGAGAGCGUACGAUGAUCGGGGCGUACCGAGUGCAGCGGCAGUUGGAUUUGCGAAUUCAUGCGGCGUUGAUGUCAGCAAACUGAUCUCCAUUGAAACGGAGAAAGGAAAAUUCGUAGCCUGUCGAUUCACUGAACCCGGUCGUGAAGCUUAUGAGUUGAUUCCGAGUUGCGUUCAAAACGCUGUAUCGGGGUUGUCUAUUACCAAGAAAAUGCGCUGGGGAAAUUCCGAGAGCGAAUUUGUGCGUCCGGUGCACUGGGUUGUCCUACUGCACGGGAAGAGUGUCGUGCCAUGCGACAUUUUCUCUAUUUCGUCUGCUUCUGAGAGCCGAGGACAUCGGUUUCACUUUCCUGAACCAAUCACGAUUCGGGAUGCGGACAGCUAUCUCGAAUUGCUGAAUUCGACAGGCAAGGUCAAGGCCGACUGGGGCGUUCGCCGCCAGACCAUACUAGAGCAGAUUCGCCGAUGCGAGAAGAGCGCAGGCGGUCUGGCGAUGAAUGAUGAGAAUCUAUUGGAUCAGGUAACCAAUCUAGUCGAAUGGCCCUUCGCUUUUUGCGGAGAAUUCGAUUCGGUUUUCCUGAAUCUGCCGGACGAAGUACUGGUUUCUUCUAUGCGUAGUCAUCAGAAGUAUUUUCCAGUGUUCGAUGCAGGUGGUAAGUUGUUGCCAAGAUUUAUCGGGAUUGCAAAUAUUGAACCUGCAAGCGAGAAAGUCGAGCGACGAAUUGUCAAGGGAAACGAACGUGUAUUGCAUGCAAGACUGUCUGAUGCAAAAUUUUUCUGGGAACAAGACCGCAAUACUACACUUGAGCAGAAAACCUCUUUGCUUCGGAAUCUUAUGUUUCAUAAAGCUUUGGGUUCAGUGCUCAGCAAGUCGGUUCGAAUGAGUGAACUGGCGUCGUAUGUUGCCUCAAAACUCCGCGCCGAUGGAACGGCGGCACAUCGUUCGGCUGCUUUGUCGAAAGCAGACCUCGUUACUGAAUUGGUCGGGGAGUUUCCGGACUUGCAGGGAAGCAUGGGACGACGUUACGCAGAGAUCGAAGGUGAAUCAUCUGCGGUUGCCACGGCAAUAGGCGAGCACUAUUCACCGCGUACUGCGAACGAUGCACUGCCGCAAUCGGAAGUCGGCAGAAUUGUCGCAAUCACCGACCGAAUUGAUUCUCUAUUGGGAUUGAUGGCUGCUGGCGAGAAAGUAAAAGCAGAUCGAGACCCUUUUUCGUUGCGGCGCAUGGCUCUUGCCGUGCUGAGAAUCAUAAUCGAGUGCGAUGUUGAUUUAGAUCUGAAUGCCUUGCUGCAUGAAUCAGCCAGAAUUUACACAAAGCAAAACUCAGUAGCGCCCAGCGAGGUUGAAGUUGCUCCUGAUGAUGACACGGUAGCCAACGUGUUUGAGUUUAUGCUGGAGAGACUUCGCAGCUACUAUCUAGACCAAGGUUAUUUGGCAGAUGAAUUUGCUGCGGUAUAUGAAUUAAAGCCAGCGAGACCACUUGAAUUUGACAAGCGACUUCGUGCAGUGCGUCAGUUUCGGGAGCUUGCGGAGUACGGUGACCUGAUCGCUGCCAACAAGCGCAUCAGCAAUAUUUUGCGCCAGAGUGGUGAGUUGAAAGGUGUGCAGGUGAAACCAGAAUUGCUGGUUGAGCAAUCCGAACUGCAGUUGUAUGAACAGGCGAUGAAUUUGAGUAAACAGAUUGUACCGUUGAUUCGAGCCUCGGAUCAUGGUGAGAUUCUGCGUAAGCUUGCAGUACUGCGCGAUCCCAUUGACAGCUUCUUCGAUGAUGUCAUGGUAAUGGCUGAGGACAAGCAAAUUCGCCGAAAUCGGGUUGCCCUGGUUGGGUUCGUAAGUCGGCUGUUUCGAGAAGUAGCAGAAAUUUCAUUACUACAGCCAGUGAAGGUGAACGGAUGA